AUGAAGAACGCAAGGGACUUAGAAGAUCAUGAGCAUGAUCUCACUCUCUCACUCAGGUGUGGUAGUCCAAAGAGAACCACGCACUCUUCUUCCCCUUCCCUUCCUCAAAUAAACAUCUCCUUGAUGGAACUACAAAUGCCUUACCCUAAUUAUUUGGUGCCAUCUUCUAACCACAACAUUAACCCUUUAUUUGAGUCAUGUUCUAACCACAACUCUACUAACCCUUCAUUGGCGUCAUCUUCCAACCAUAACAUUGACCCUUUGUUGGUGGUGUCACCUUCCAGCGCUCCAGGUGCUGCUGCUCCUACACCCGUUUUGACACGUCGCUCCCGUCGUGCCUCGUCUCAACGCCGCCGCCGGAGCCAAGGAAAGAGCGAAACCAUCCCUGCACCUUUUCCUUGGGCGACGGAUCGCCGGGCCACCGUCCACAACCGCAAAUAUCUAUUGGAAAACAAUGUUCUCGUCAUCACCGGAAGGGUUCAGUGCAAGAGGUGCGAGCAGGAGUUCGAGAUGACGCUUGAUCUGGAGGAGAAAGUGAACGAGUUGCGCAAAUUCAUUCAGAAAGAAAGCAGGUCCAUGCAUGAUAGAGCCCCGGCGGCGUGGGUGAAUCCGGUGACGCCGAAAUGUGUGCAUUGCGGACGAGAAAAUUGCAUCAAACCAAUCCUUGUGUACACUAAGAAAAGAUCAAUUAAUUGGUUGUUCUUGUUGCUGGGACAAAUGCUGGGUUUCUGCACCCUUAAUCAACUCAGAUAUUUCUGCAAGCACACCAAUAACCAUCGAACUGGUGCCAAAGAUCGCCUUCUUUAUUGUGCCUACAUGACCCUCAGCAAACAGCUUGUUCCCGAGUGGUUCGAUUAA